AUUUGCCCCACUGUAACAUCGUUUGAAAACUUUAAGUAUUUUUUUUUCCUUUCAAUCAGAUUUUGGCCGCAUUGUUGUAUGUUUGUUUUUUGGGGGCACUUUAACAGGUUCUGAAGUUCUGAGCAUGGUCACACAAAGUUCAAUGUUUUUCAGGUGGUAUAUGUUCUAAUGAGUAAAGAUAAUUUUUCACAAUUGGUUCAUAUCUUAGCACAACAGAAGUUGUGAUGUAUCCUCCAGAAAACAAAGGCUACAAGCAAAUGGUCAAAGAUUUUCUGUGGAACACUUCCAUUUAAUCAUUGGCUCUCGUUGACGUCAAUAGAUGUCAAAUCUAUUUUGACUGGAAGGGUUGACAAUGAUAAGUUACUGCCCGUCCAUCAUUAAAAUAAUUGGACGUCUAUAAGUGCCAAUGGCAGGGAAAGAGUUAAGCCCGUUACAUUGGUUUUGUGAUACUGUAUUAUUUAUUUUGUACAGUGUUGUCGUAAACUCAGCCUGCAAAAAUGGAUUAGGAGCAGCACAAAGUUUGUGCAAAAUUGGCAUAAUUAAGCUCCUUUUGGGUGCUGUAGCAGCUCUUCACCAGUUCGAGGCGCUGCAAAGCAAAUCAUGGCGCUCUCAUGAGGAUUAAAUGUCAAUGCAUGGAUUUCGUCGCCUUUAGAUGACGAGGGUAAUGGACAUUGAUAGUUCAAGUCAUUUUGGGUCUUCCAUUCAAAUAAUCUGGUGGUUCCAGUUGUUGUUACCUUCCCACCAACUUUGUAACUCAUUCCAGCUUUGUGCAACUCACAGAUAUUCAGUGGUAUCAUGCAGUGCUCCUCCAACUGACACCUGGGGUUACUUUGGGUCCAAGAGUUGUAAUUUGGGGUACCAUAACACCAUAACACCAUAGUAAAUCAUGGGGGAUUAUUUUGCUGUUUUUGCUGUUGUUUUUCGGAGGGUAUACUGUACCUACAUGUUUGGUAUUGAUAAAGCUUUGUUUUUACAUCAUUUCUAAUGCACAACAUGUGUUUCAGAAUGUUAACAAAACUGAAUCUUUGCUUGAUAUUCAUUGGUCAAAAGUUGACAUUUAAGACCUUUAACUUUUUACGGCUCGAGUGACUACUUUUGGUCAUUAAAAAAUACAUAUAUAUAUAUAUAUAUAUAUAUAUAUAUAUAUAUAUUGGCUUCUUUUUUAUUAUUAUUUGUUAGUAGAGGUGUCAAACGAUUAAAAUUUUUAAUCGAGUUAAUUACAGCUUAAAAAUUAAUCGCAAUCAAUCGCAAUCAAACCAUCUAUAAAAUAUGCCAUAUUUUUCUGUAAAUUGUUGGAAUGGAAAGAUAAGACACAAGAUGGAUAUAUACAUUCAGCAUACUGUACAUAAGUACUGUAUUUGUUUGUUAUAACAAUAACUCAACAAGAUGGCAUUACCAUUAUUAACAUACUGUUAAAGCGAUCCAUGGAUAGAAAGACUUGCAGUUCUUAAAAGAUCAAUGUUAGUACAAGUUAUAGAAAUUUUAUAUUGAAAUCCCUCUUAAUGCUUUCGUUUUAAUAAAAUGUGUAAAAUUUUCAAUCAAAAAAUAAAUUACUAGCCCACCAUUGUUGAUGUCAAUAAUUACUUACACAAUGCUCAUGGGUGCUGAAGCCUAUAAAAUCAGUCGCACCCAAGUGCAAGUAGAGGGCGGCAAAACUCCGAAAACACAACAAGUACACAUUUCACUGUGCUGUCAUUUUGAUCUGUUUGAGCGGGGCAUUUAUGUGUUAAUUGCGUCAAAUAUUUUAACGUGAUUAAUUUAAAAAAUUAAUUACCGCCCGUUAACGUGAUAAUUUUGACAGCUCUAUUUGUUAGUAUUGUUUUUUUUAACCCAAUAAGUAGAUUAAUAAAUUAAUAUAAUUUUAAUGAAAACUAAAUUAAUGAAAUCAGAAUAAAAACACAAAUGCCCACUGGUUAUGGCCCCAAUAAAACACAUUGAAGACGGCACUAGAUGCCCGAUCCAUUUUGAGUGGGAGGGGCAAAUGAAUUUUCUCCCAGUAAAAAUGAAUUGGACGUUUAGUGCCAUCAGUGGCUGCCAAUGAGUAAUAUAUGGGAGUGAUUUGUGCAUCAAAGGGUUUAAAAAAAAAAAAAGUGGGAAAAGUCAUUUAAAAAAUCCAUCCACCCAUCCAUCAUCUACCGUUUAAUUUGGGGUCGGGUCGCGGGAGCAGCAGCCUUAGCAGGGAUGCCCAGACUUCCCUCUCCCCAGUCACUUCAACCAGCUCCUCCGGUGGGAUCCCAAGGCGUUCCCACGCCAGCCGAGAGACAUAGUCUCUCCAGCGUGUCCUGGGUCGUCCCCGGGGCCUCUCGCCGGUGGAGCAUGCCCGGAACACCUCUCCAGGGAGGUGUCCAGGACGCAUCCGAGUCACCUCAACUGGCUCCUCUCAACGCGGAGGAGUGGCGGCUCGACAUCGAGUCUCUUCAGGAUGACCGAGCUUCUCACCCUAUCUCUGAGGGAGAGCCCAGACACCCUGCGAAGGAAACUCAUUUCGGCCGCUUGUAUUCGCGAUCUUGUUCUUUCGAUUGCGAUCCACAGCUCAUGACCAAAGGUAAGGAUAGGAACGUACAUCGACUGGUAAAUCAAGAACGUCACCUUUUGGCUUAGAUCCUUCUUCACCACUGCGGACCGGGGCAGAGUCCGCAUCACUGCAGAUGCUGCACCGAUCCACCUGUCGAUCUCCCGUUCCCUCCUACCCUCACUUGUAUACAAGACCCAAAGAUACUUGAACUCCUCCACAUGGGGCAGGAUCUCAUUCCCGACCCGGAGAGGGCACCCCAUCCCAACCGCUUCACACUCAGCUGUGAACCACUCCAGUGAGAGUUGGAGGUAAUGGCUUGAUGAAGUCAACAGCACCACAUCAUCUGCAAAAAGCAGAGAUACAAUGCUGAGGCCACCAAACCGGACAUUCUCAACGCUUCGGCUGCACCUAGAAAUUCUGUCCAUAAAAGUCCUGAACAGAAUCGGUGACAAAGGGCAACCUUGGCGGAGUCCCACCCUCAUUGGGAAAUAUCCGACUUACUGCCGGCAAUGCGGACCAAGCUCAGAAACCGGCCUUACAGGGACCGAACAGCCCGUACCAAGGGGCUCGGUACCGCAUACUCUCGAAGCACUCCCCAAAGGACUCACUGAAGGACACGGUUGAACACCUUCUCCAAAUAAAAAAACAUAUGUAGACCAGUUAGGUGAACUCCCAUGCACCCUCGAGGACCUUGCCAAGGGUGUAGAGCUGGUCCACUGUUCCACCGCUGGGUCGAAACCCACACUGCUCCUCUUGAAUCCAAGAUUAAACCACCAAACUUCACUGUUUUGUGGCAAAAGGUGGAUUUUUCAGAUGAAUGUUCCAUUGAUUACACCACAGUCACCGCAAAUAUUGCAGGAGACUGUGGUGUACUGGAGCACGCUUGGAUCCAAGAUUCACUCAGAAAACAGUGAAGUUGGUGGUGGCAAAAUCAUGGUCUGGGGUUACAUCCAGUAUGGGGGUGUGCAAGAGAUCUGCAGGGUGGAAUGAAACAUAAAUAGUCUAAAAUGUCAACAAAUCUCGGCUGCCUCUUACAUUCCUAACCAUAAAAAGGGACACAUUCUGCAGCAGGAUGGUGUUCCAUCGCAUACUUCAAUCUCUACCUCAAAGUUCUUCAAGGCAAAGAAGAUCAAGCUCCUUCAGGACUGGCCAGCCCAGUCACCACACAUGAACAAGAUGAAAGAGGAAGCAUGGAAGACGAAACCCAAGAAUGUUGUUGAACUCUAGGAGGCAUGCAAGACUGCUUUCUUUGAUGUUCCUGAUGACUUCAUCAAUAAAUUGUAUGAAUCCUUGCUGAACCACAUGAAUGCAGUCCUUCAAGCCCAUGGAAGUCAUACAAAAUAUUAAAUUAGGAUCUCACAGCACCACUACUUAAUUCGCUUAUGUUAUGUAACAUAUUUUUGUGUCUGAAGUACAUUUUUUGUUCAAUUUUCACACUACUUUCUGUAGGCGACAAAACUUGUCUUGCCAAAAGUUAAACUUUGUCUUCAUUAAAUAACAAAUCUUUUUUCAGUUAAACAAAUACAUUUUUGUACAUUCAACAUCAUUUGGGAGGGCGGAGGCGUUGCGUCCCAUUAGGCAAACCAGGCAAUUGCCUAGAGCCCCCAGCCAGCAAGGGGCCACGGAGGGCCAGCAGAUUUAGCAUAUGCAGCUUUACUGCGAUGUCAUAGCGACAACUGUAGGUAGUGUUUCAAUACCAUGGAAUCAUGGCAGCUUAUUGAAUGACUCUGUUAUCUAUUCCAAUCAGCACUAACUAUGUCACGCAGAUUAUAGAUGUGUAAGUACGUCCAAUCAGCUUUCAGUACCACAUAAUUUUUUAAAAAGUGACUAAGUACUCUCUGGAAUGACCUUGUCGAGAUGUUUGAUUUUGAAUUUCACAGGCCACCUCAUUUUUUCUGUGACUACUUAAAGAAAUGGUGAUUUUUCCAAAAAAGUCUAUUAAUGGGUCUAUCGUAUUCCUCGUCGAAUACUCUAUAAGAAAAAUAUAACAUAUAUGCAUCUAAAAUAAUCCUAAACAAUUCUAUUAGCAAAUCUAAUACUCAUUGCGGUCGGUAGUCCACCAAUAGGUGGUUUUUACAGAAUAAUUGGAAUUUGGUGGUUCGUAGGGCCAAUCUGACUCCUGAUUUCGCACAAAGGUAUAUACCUCCACUUCCGAUGGUGGUAUUUUUGUGUUGCUACUCUUUAGUCUAUUGCUCCAACUUUAAGUCCAAAUGUCCCCCUUACUUGCACACGCUCGAAGGGCCCCAUGUCGCUUGUUACCUGGGGUCCCCGGGGACCCUUGCUACGCCUCUGUGCAAGGGUCUUAGCUUUCAUAUGAGCCAUUUCUGAAACCAAUUGAAUAAUUAAAAGUCAGGUUAUUAGCAAUCGUUUCUACAAAAUGGAUAAGCGACAAGACUUUUGCCAGGGACUGUAUGGAUAAAAUGGAAAGGACACUUUCGUGUAUAUCGACAUUUGACAAGUCUAAUCAAAUGAUGUACAGUAGACAUGCUGGGGUCCACAUUGUCGCGGACAGCAGGGUGACUGAUGGCUUGAAAUCCGAACAGUUCUUGAACACGACAUGAGCAAUACCUCGCUCAUCUGCACAUGACCGAAACCCUCUACUACUCCUUCCUGCAACCCCGCCUGCUGUCGUAGAAAAAAAAAUAAAUAAUGAUAAUAAAAUUAAUUUAAAAAAUGUUUAAAUGUGAUAUUGACGAUCUCUCACGACACACUCGUUGAAAAGCACUGACUUAAUUUAUUUCACUUAAUAAAAAUGCACACGGGUUCAUAGCUUGAAUUUUGCAUGCUUUUAAGCAUUUGGAUAUUUUUCCUAUUGUCACAAACAAUAUUUUCUUUGCAUAGUGAUCAAAUAAUUAUUUCUUCAGUACAGUACAGCUAAAAAGGUAGCAGUGUUAAUAACGGUGUUAGAAUCUAACUGCCCCACUGUAUAUGUACUAGAGGAAAAAAACAUUUUUUUAAUGAUUUUUUUUUUUCUUUGAUUGAAAUUUUUUUUUGGGAUUGAAGCAACUUUUGGGGGGAUUGAAUGAUUUAGACACAAAUGUCCUAAUCAUAAUAUUGCCCAAACACAAAACGAAUUGCUUCAAUCAAAGAAAACUUUUUCAAUUAAAAAUUAAGUGUUCAAAUGCAAAUUUUUCAAUCUCAAAAUAUUUUUUCGCAUUCAAAAACUUUCUUCUAUGAUUGAAAUUUUUCUUUUUUUGAUUGAAGUGAUUUUUUCUUUUUGAGAAUCUAUAUUUUAUUUAAGCAACUCUUUUUUGAUUGAAUAAUAAAGAGAAAAAUGUCCUAGCCAAAAUGUGGGCCAAACACAAAUCAACAUUACUUCAAUCAAAAAGUUGCUUCAAUCAAAAAAAAAACUUGACUUCAAUCUAAAUAAAUAAAUAAAUAGAUAAAAAUUUAUCAAUCAAAGAAAAAUAGCUUUCACGUGCAUUUUUUUGUUUGUUUGUUUUUUGAGUUUCAAAUUUUUUGCAUUCAAACACAUUUUUUUAAUUGAAGUUUUUAAUUGAAGCGACUUUUUUUGGUUGAAAAUAUAUAUUUUGAUCGAAGCAACUUUUUUUUUGAUCGAAUAAUAAAGACACAAAUCUACCUCCAUAUGGCUCCGCCCAGAGGAUACCAUUUUUGACUGGGGUAACUAUACUGGCACGUCCCUGGCGGACGUACCAAAUUCAACGGAUGUCGAUCUUGGCGAAAAGUAUUGCCUAAGCAGCCUGAUUUAGAAUUCCCCUCAAGAAUGAUGGCAAACAAAAAAGGCUCAUUGUCAACUUAUUAUUAUAAAAAUUCAUGUAAGUUAAUUUUAUUGCUGACACUGCGUUUUGGGGUCAUCAACAUGUUGUGCCCCCCCUGCCCCAAAUGUCAAACUCCACCUAUGCUAUCUAGUUAUCGCAAUAUCCGCAAUACCCAUGUGUCUAGUUAAGUUUAGGGUAAAGAAUUGGGCUAGGGCCAAUUUUCCCCAAAACCUUUUAAAAUUCACAUUGUGUGACCUGUUUUGUUUUGUUUUUUUUGGGGGGGGGGGACAUGAAAAUUAUCACCAGUUACUUUGGCAAGUAACUAAUUCCUCUUACAUUCAGGUAACUGAGUUACUAACGCAAUCCAUUUUUGGGAGAAGUAAUUUGUAAGUAAUUAAUUACUUUUUAAAGUAAGAUUAACAUCACUGAAGGGUAGAGAGUGGGUUUGUUGCUUGGUCACAUUGUACACAUUAUUAGUACUGGUGGUCUUAUAAUAGACGCGAUGGAGCAGGGAUCUGCAAGCCCACCGGAUCGUUCAGGUUUGAGGCUGCUCUCCUGUGUUCCUGCGCUCCUUUUGGUAGUCGUGAAUCGGAGCUAAAAUAGUGUCGACUCUUUUGGUAAUGACAGUGCACGGUGACUGGGUGCAGCUCCUUUAGAGGGUGACCGCUCACGACGAGGUCAGAGAGUGACACUGUCAUCUGUGGUUACAAGGACUUUGUUGAGACCAAUUAUGUAAGGCUCAUUUGGAUAUAGUAAACUUUGUAGACAAAUAAAUAACUGUAGGACAACAGCUUACUGGCUGGGUUGUCUAGUUUUUCCAGUUUUACGGAAAAGCUGACAAUGUCAGCAGACAUUUGGUUGAUAGAGUUGUGCUAAGGGGUAUUUGCGCAGGCAUUUUGAGGUUUGUUGAAUUUGGUGGGAAGAGAAACCUUUUUUUUUUUUUUUAAUAAUAAUAAACAGAGUGAAGUGAUGGUGUAAUCAGCUCAGAAUAAAUGUGUAGUUAUGGGUAAAGGAAAACAAGAAACUUGCAGAUUUAUACGACACUCAUCCAUCCUUUAAAUAUGUUUGUUUGGAAAUCUGGAGAAUAUAAGAAGUCCAUUCUCCUUUAUUUGAGUGACAAUCCUAGAGGCCCCUGAGGGGUGUGCCGUGGUAGGAGAAAGACUCAUUGGCUCACAAGUGAGCCUCCUUUGCCGAGCCCACACCACUUGCAGGUAUAUAUGAUCCGUGCCCACACCAGCAGAUAAGGUCAUAAAAAUCAAUAUCCAACUUGGCAACCAGUUGUCAAGCUGCUUGUGAGACAUGAAGACUCAACAACCUCUUCACGUGGCCACCCCGGUCAGAGAGAGCCUCGCCCUGACAAAAUUGGCCCAAACUUCAGUUUACCUCAAACUGGACUCAUCCCAGCCUACAGGCUCCUUUAAGAUCAGGGGCAUUGGACACCUAUGCAAAACAUGGGCUGAGCGAGGAUGCCAGAGGUUUGUUUGCUGUUCAGGAGGAAACGCAGGCAUGGCUGCGGCCUAUUCAGCCCGCCAACUGGGCAUACCUGCAACCAUCGUGGUGCCCAGCGUCACCCCAAAUCCCACAGUAGACCGUCUACGGGAGGAGGGGGCCACCGUGGUCAUCCAUGGCAAGGCGCUUAAUGAAAGCAUCGAGUAUGGACAACAGCUUGUGGCCAACAACCCAGGAUGGAUUUUUGUCUCUCCCUUUGACGACCCCCUCAUCUGGGAAGGCCACACAUCACUGGUGCAAGAACUGGAGCAAGACAUGAAGGAGAAGCCAGGGGCUAUCGUGCUGUCAGUGGGAGGUGGCGGGCUGCUGAAUGGAGUAGUGGAGGGUCUGCGACGAGCCGGCUGGGCUGACGUGCCAAUUGUCGCCAUGGAAACCAUAGGAGCUCACAGCCUCAAUGCAGCUAUCAAGGCAGGGGAGCUAGUCACUUUACCUGCUAUAACUAGUGUUGCCACCACACUAGGCCUGACGAGGGUUUCUGUACAGACUUUUAAACUGGUGCAGGAGCACACAGUCUUCUCAGAAGUCGUCACAGACCAGGAGGCUGUUAAAGCCGUGGAGCGCUUUUUAGACGAUGAGAAGAUUCUUGUGGAACCCGCCUGUGGUGCUGCACUCACUGCUGUGUACAGUGAUGUCAUCAAAAGGCUGCAGGAUGAGGGCAAACUAGAGAGGCAGCUGGGCCCCGUGGUCAUUGUUGUAUGUGGAGGCAACAACAUCAGUAUGCAGGAGCUCCACAGGUUGAAAAAACAACUCGGUAUUCUCUAGCAUAAUUUUUCUAAAUGUAUUUUAUUCUUCCUGCUUAUCUGUAAUCUGCUCUAAAAACCUGUUCCAUUUUUCCAUGUGCUCCAUUAACCAAAUCAUUCCAGACUGUGAAACACUGAGCACAAGGCUUUAUAGAUGUAGCGCUACAUUGCAGGAAGGAUGUUGUGUUUAAAUAUAAUUGAAGAUCACAGAGAUGAAUGAUUAGAUUUGUGCUUGUUUUUGUACUUCGACUGU